AUGGAAAUAUGUGGCUUUGGAUUUUCGCUUUUUGCGUCGAAAAAUCGCCUCUACGGUGCUGGAAUUAAUAAUCGCUUCCAGAUCGGUGGCCAAUUGACGAAUAUCAACAAAUAUCAGGAUUAUUAUAUAUCCGCAAAGAAAAUCAAUAUUCCCGGCGACGAAAUUCUCGAGAUUUCGUCCGGUAGAGCGCACUCGCUGAUUCGAACCAAUUUGGGCGUUUUUGCGAUUGGUGAUAAUAAUUUUGGGCAAUGUGGACGGAAUCCUGAGAAUAUGGAUUAUGUUGUGGGCUCUGAAGAGGGGCAAAUUAAUCGAGCUUCUACUCUUGAAAAUAUCCGCCCCGAUCUCCGCGUCCACCGCGUCCUCCGCGUCCAAUACGCAUCCCAUCAGGCCCACGAGGCUCAUCUCGAUUGA